AUCGUAGCAACAGUAACUAGGGGUUACGUGAUGGUGUCACGUCGUUAAACACUAAACACUGCGUCAUGGGGCGAUAGACAACAUCAGGACUGCGAGGUCUUGUGCUUCAUUUGUUUUGUACAGAAUGCAAAACGGACCAAAAAGAUCGGGACUGACACAAUGUGCGAGAGAGAACCUUACUUCCACUUAGAGUUUGUCAACGACAUCCUUCUGAGAAGGUACUCCUUGGAGACCUCCUCUUCAUACGAUGGUGUCCCUUUCCCAAGAGAGUGGAAAGCAAAAGUGGUUGUGUGGUCUGACCUGUCAGUUGAUGAUGUUGAUCGACUUAACGAGUCUCUCAGUGUUGACCACGUCAAGCAGGUUCUGGCAGACAUUUUUCACCUGGACUCAUGGCAAGAAGACCCCAGGCAAGCUAUUGUAAUGGACUUAUACUACUACACCCUACAAUUUGCCCAAGACAACAACUUCAACCGUGAGAAGACCUCAACCUUCUUCUCCAUCAUCAAAAAUAUUCACAGUGCCUGUGUUGAAACUCCUUUUGGGAACCUUGAGCACACCUUUCGCUACUUUAAAGAUCUCAUUUUGUGCCACUCUGUUAAUCGUCCACCUUUUAGUAUUGAGCUGUUCAAUGCAGAGGAAAUACAAAAGAUCUCAGAGUAUACGAUCAAUACCUACUUCAGGCACUUCAAGAUGUACAAAUAUGCAUUUACUCCAGUGGUGCGGCUAGAUUUGGCCAUUACCUACCAAGGUGUCCCAGUCAGUCCUCGACCAUCUGUAGGAGAUGAGUUGACAACAGAAGGAACUGAGGUUUCCCCAGAAGAUGAGCAGACAGCAGAACACAAACCAAAGGAGGGUGAGGAGACACCUGCCGAUGACGUUAACGAUCAAACUGACAAUGAAGAGGAGUCUGGUGCCCGGAAGGAGCUUCGAGCUAUGAUACAGACCUAUCUUGCAGAGGAGAUUAAAAAGGUCAAGGCCACUGUAGAGCAACAGCUUAAAGCUACAGAAGACAGCGUGAACAGAAAACUGGAGGACGACAACCAAGCCAGAAGCGGAAGACGGGAUUCUCUCAAGAAGAAGAAAUGAAUCUCAGCUGUUUGGGUGGGGAUAAGUUUUCUCAGAUUCUUUGACAUGCUUGUUCAUUUGAUGGACAUUUGGAUCUGGGAGAAUGGUAUUGCAGCAUGCAGACAAAAGGCAAAAGAAUCCAAAGAUGAAGGUGAAAAUUUAUGAUAAAAUAAUUCUUAGUAUAUCAGUCCUGCAUUAUCAUAUGCAUACAGAGAGUUUUUUGUAUACUUUUUUCAAGAGACACUGCACUUGAUGCAUUCACAGCACCAAGUAUGUAAAUUCAUAAACUAAUUUGUUGUUAUGCUGUUAGCAACAGCAGUAUUAAAAAAUGGAAAAAAAA